AUGGUCAAAGCUCGGCGAGUCUUGAGCGCAGCCGCCGUUCUGCAACCCGUGGUUAAUGGAGCGAUAGCUGGACAUGAGCAGAAGCCACUCGGCUCUGCGCAACCCGGCGAUAAAGGUCUAAAGAGGGAGAACCCGUAUACAGCGGAUUAUGAUGCCCUGGCCAGCAAAAUAUUGGACCAAUGGCAUGUGCCGGGCAUGUCCAUCGCCGUGGUCGACGGCGACGACAUCUUUGCCAAGGCCUUCGGAUUUGCCACUCUUCCGGAUACGCCAGCGACGCCCGAGACGCUCUACUAUGUUGGUUCGACAACCAUGGCCCAUACUGCCGCCGUACUUGCGCAGCUCAUCGACGCCAAGGCUUACCCGGAACCAUCUCGUGGCUGGACGACCCCAAUCUCUUCAAUUCUCCGUGACGACUUUGUUUUGCACGACGAAUAG